AUGUCUCUGCAUCAGUCUGCAGAUGGGUAUCUGCAACCGCCGCCAGUAACCACCCACUCGCGGCCGUCGCGACGUCACACCACGGACUCUGCGACAAGCAGACCGCCGCGCGUGCCCGUUAAGGGGCAGGCUGCGUAUGACGAUUCUGAGAUUGAGGGCGAGCUGGCCUCGGAUAUUCAGCUGCAGGCAGAACAAAUACGGCGGGAGAGGCAGUCGAAGCGCGCCAAGGCGCAGCAGGAGGCCGAGGCGGCGUUGACGCGCACGGCAUCUCGGACUCAGGAUGAGACUAGAGUGUUGGUCGGUAAUCUGAUAGGGGAGGACCACGUCAACUACGUGUUGAUGUAUAAUAUGCUAACAGGGAUUCGGAUCGCGGUUUCGCGGUGUCAGGCAAAGAUCAAGCGGACGUUGACAGACGAGGACUUCACGGCGCGGCACAAGUACUCAUUCGAUAUCAUCGGAAACGAAUUGACGCCGUCUGCCAAGUAUGACUUCAAAUUCAAGGACUACGCCCCAUUCGUGUUUCGCGAGUUGCGAGAGGAUCUUUUCCACCUUGACCCUGCAGAUUACCUCUUGUCGCUGACUGCCAAGUACAUCCUGUCAGAAUUGGGCUCGCCGGGCAAGUCGGGCUCGUUCUUUUACUUCUCGCGCGACUACCGGUUCAUCAUCAAGACAAUACACCACUCGGAACACAAAUACCUGCGCUCGAUACUGAAGGACUAUUACAAGCAUGUCAAGGAGAACCCACACACGCUCCUGUCACGGUUCUAUGGCUUGCAUCGCGUCAAGCUGCCCCGAGGACGUAAGAUCCACUUCGUCAUCAUGAACAAUCUGUUCCCGGCGCACAAGGACAUACAUGAAACGUAUGACCUGAAAGGGAGCACGGUCGGGCGCUUGUAUCCCGAAGAAAAGGCAGCGGAGAACCCCCGCGCGGUGCUGAAGGACCUAAAUUGGAUCAACAGGGAAAAGUCGCUCAACUUGGGUCCGGAGAAGCAAGCACUUUUGACGGAGCAGCUGCGUCGCGAUUCUGAGUUUUUGAAGAAGCUGUGGGUCAUGGACUACAGUCUGCUGGUCGGCAUCCACAACAUGCAGCGCGGGAAUCGCGACAACGUGCGAAGGCGGACGCUCAAGGUAUUCUCGCCUGACGUGCCGCAUAUACGCCGAAAACCGACACAAGUCAACGGGUCUUCCCCGGAGGCCGUUGCGAUGCGCAGAGCCAUGCGCGAGUCUGACCUGAAAGGGCUUGGCCACGGCACAAUACAGCUUCCUGAAGAAGACACGGGCGACCGUCAACACUUCAUUUUUUAUCAAGAUGAAGGCGGGCUGCGGGCGACCGACGAGCAGAACGAACUGAUGGAAACGAUUUAUUAUGUGGGGGUCAUCGACAUUCUGACGCCGUACACGACCGCGAAGAAGCUCGAGCAUCUCUGGAAGGGGCUCUCGGCUGAUCGGCACAAGAUCAGUCCAGUUCCACCAAUAGAGUAUGCAGAUCGAUUCUUCUCUUUCAUGAAAGCGAUCAUGCGGGGCGGUGAAGGUGGUGCCAAGUUCAAGGCGGAGUAA